AUGGACAGAGAUUGCAAGCAAAACAAUGGGAAAUUUGCUACUAGUUCAACAGUAUCAGUCCCAAAACCAGGAAAUGCUACGAGAUCUACUUCCGCCGGAGAUACCAUGAGACAAGGGAGAGUUUUUGCGCUUGUUCCAGGUGAUACGCGGAAUGCCAACACAGUUGUCUCAGCUACCAUUUCUAUAUAUUGUUCCAUUUCCUUGCUGGAAGGAAUACACCAGCCAUUGGGUUUUAAUCAAUUUUACUGUUCCUUUCUCAAGUACUUCUCAAAGGCCUUAACAUAUCCAUCUUUAAUACCUAGAUCAAUUUGGAUACAUUUGGAGGAGGGUCCGAGUGAUAUACUUGUAUUCCUGACUGGCCAAGAAGAGAUUGAAUAUGUUGAGAAGCUUGUCCAAGAAAGUCUUCGACAGUUUCUAGGAGACAACCAGAAGCUAAAAGUUUUACCCAUAUUCUCAUCUCUUCCAUCAGAAAAGCAGAUACAGGUGUUCAUGCCACCUCUAACCGGAUUUCGCAAGGUAAUACUAGCAACUAAUAUUGUUGAAACAUCCGUAACAAUACCUGGAAUCAAGUAUGUGAUAGAUCCUGUAUUGGUGAAAGCACGCACCUACCAUGCUCGUAUAGGGAUGAAAUCAUUGAUUUUUGUUCCAACCUCAAAAGCACAGGCUUUGCGAAGGAGUGGACGUGUAGGCCGUGAAAGACCAGGCAAGUGCUUUUGCCUCUACCCUGAGAUUGAAUUUGAGAAACUCAGGGAUUCUACAAUUCCAGAGAUUACACGGUGCAACCUUUCAAAUAUCAUUUUGCAACUAAAGGCUCUUGGUGUUGAUGAUUUUUUUGGGUUUGAUUUCAUGGAAAAACCAUCAAGGUGGAAAAAAAAGAAUUAA